ACAGCCGCCACCACUUUUCCUCACGUCAUAUAGGAUUGGCGCCCCCAUGUGGUAAUAGGCCAAUAGGACGACGGACUACGUCAGUAGACGACAACUGUCCCUGUCAACAUAGGAUACCCUAGUAACCUACGCUUCGAACUGGCUCUACAUUGGCAGGUGACACUGUUGUCUAAAAUGUUGUUGUGAAAUAAGAGUGUCCAACAACCGUUUCCCAACGCAUGUGAAUUAAGACAAUAGACUACAGUGUAGACUAGAUUAGGCUGAAGUUUCAAGUUCACACUCCAGUAGCCUAAAUGCUAUCUUACUUUCGGUUCAAAGAACGAAAGUUAUCGGAGUAAACUAGGCUACAAGUCGUGUGCAAACCUCAGUCGCUAUAGAAAGACGAGCCGUGCGAAAUGUAAAAAAUGGCUAAUGUUUUUUCAAACGACCAGGAUUCCUUCUCCUGUUCCAUCUGUCUUGGGUUGUUUCAUAUUCCAGUAACAAUACCAUGUGGACAUAGUUACUGUCUUGACUGCAUUAAAGGCUACUUUGACCAGAGAGGGGACCAAGGAGGUAGGCCUACUGCCCAAUGCCCCCAAUGUAGGCAGACGUUUUCUGCCAGGCCAGCUCUCAAUAAAAACACUCUUAUUGCUGAACUGGUGGAGAAACUGAAAGAGGCCCUAUCUCCACGCGGUCACUGUUUCGCGGGUGUGGGUGACAUAGAAUGCGACGUGUGCGGCGACAGCAAAUGUAGAGCCGUCAAGUCUUGUUUCGUUUGCUUGGCUUCUUACUGCGAGACUCACCUGAAACUUCACAACGAGCUCAACCCAGGUGGGAAACACAAAGUCGUCAAUGCAACCGGACGUAUGCAGAACAAGAUCUGUCGUCGCCAUGACAAACUCCUCGAGGUUUUCUGUUGCACUGAUCAACAAAUUAUCUGUUUGCUGUGCACCAUGGAUGAACACCGAGGCCAUGAAACAGUACCGGCCGAGGCCGAAAGGACCGAAAAACAGAAGCUAUUGUGUGAGACUCAGAGGAAAUCAAGGAAGAGACUUCAACACAGAGAGAAAGAAUUUCAGGAAGUAAAGAAUGCUAUGGAGACUCUGAAGCGCUCUGCAGCUGCAGCUGUGGCAGACAAUGACCGGUGCUUUCAGCAUCUGAUGCGCUCCAUUGAGAGAAGGCACUCUGAGGUGACAGAGCUGAUCAGAGCUCAGGAGAAGGCUGAGGUGAGUCGGGCUAAAGGACUCCUGAAGCAACUGGAGCAGGAGAUUUCUGAGCUGAAGAGGAGAGAUGCUGAGCUGGAGCAGCUUUCACACACAGAUGAUCACAUACAUUUCCUCCAGAGUCUUCCUCUUCUGAAUGAGCAGAGUGGAACAGAUGUCAUCAUGCGUGUCAAUACACACAUCUCCUUUGGGGAAGUUGGUCAGUCCCUGUUCAUGCUUAAACGACGCCUGGAAGACCAGUGGACAGAGGAGGAGGCGGAGAUGUCCAAAGCAGUCAAGCACAUCCACACAGUGCUGCUUCCUGAGUAUCGGACCAGAGAAGAGUUCUUGAAAUACUUACAUCCAUUCACCCUGGACCCUGCCACAGUGCGUAACAGUCUCCAGCUCUCAAAAGGGAACUUGAUGGUUUCACACACUAAUGUGGCCACAUCCUACCGCAAUGGCCCUGAGUGAUUUGACGGGUGGCUUCAGGUGCUGUGUAUGGAGGGCAUAACUGGACGCUGCUACUGGGAGGCUCAGUGGAGUGGGCAGUGGGCUAACAUAGCCGUUUCAUACAAGAGCAUCAGCAGGAAAGGAGGGGGCAAUGAGUGCAGGUUUGGAUAUAAUGAUCAGUCCUGGAGUCUAAGACUCUCCAGGUCCACCUCCUCUUUCAGGCACAAUAAUAAAGAGACUAAACUCCCUCUAGUGGCCAGCUGCAGAAUAGGAGUGUAUGUGGAUUACGAGGCAGGAACUCUGGCCUUCUACAGCAUCUCUGACACAAUGACCCUCCUGCACAGAGUCCAGACCACAUUCACUCACACACUCUACCCUGGGUUUGGGUUUGAUUUUGGUCUGGCACAUUAUAACUCUUCUGUUGAGGUUGUGGAAGAAUAAGAUGUAUAAUCCGUUGUAUUUAUAAAGGAGCAUGGUGACUCCACUAGGUUUGCAUGUCAAAUUUUUAUUUUAUAAGAUAAGUAAGUAUGAAAAGUAAAACCAAAGGCACAACUUAUUAAAAAAAGAUAUGACCGUUGUAUAUUCAGUUGAACAAUGUAUUUGGAUAAUAUUACAUUGAGUUACAAUUCAGCACUACAGAACAACCUGUUCAGAUGAAGCUAGUUGUUUUAAGCUUUUUAAAGUGGCGUUGGCUUUCUCUGCUCCGCACAUCAUGGAGCUACAACUGAGCUGUGCAUAGCUGUGUCCAAUCACCUCUGCUGUGCUGGAUUUGUGAAAAGAAUAAAUGUAUUGAAUGACUCAUCACUAA